AGACAACACAUAGCACAAAGCAGCCUUAAUUGUCAGUAAGUGUCCACGAUUGAGUCUUUGAAUGAAGAGCUUGAGAUAAAACUGUCCAGUUUGAGUGUUUGUUGUAGCUUGUUCCAGUAAAGAUUUUGGCCAACGUUCAGAUAGAAAUGUAUGAUGUAGAACAAAUAUUUAGUGUAUAGAAUCAGGUCUGCUCUAGUCAUGGCAUUUCUAUCUGCAACGUUUUUGUAAUGAACAUGGCCUCCUCACAGGAGGGUAAGGGUUACCCGUUUAUCACCGGUUUUAUUAUGAGCCAAUAGUAUCUUGACAUGUAGCAUUUUAACCAAUUGAAUGAUAAUGCACAUUAAGGGUCGAUGAGGAAAGCAACGCAGGAUAUCCAAUAUCAGACCCGUCCCUUUCAAUGAAAAGCACUGUCAAUGUGUUUGCCACAGUCAUAUCACACACAUUCAUAUCAGACAAUAGUGAAAUACCAUAAAAACAAGGGUGUCAUUAACUUGUUUGUAGAUGUGUAGGCUAAUAUUAAAAUACAUUUUCAUUGUUGCACACCUUGAUUUAGGCCUAGGUGGUUUUACUAUUAUUUGUGUUGGGGAAUUUUGUGUUCUUAUUUAUUUUAAUUGUAUCUCAUUUAUUGUAUGUAUUUAUUUUCCUUAAUGUCCUUGUCUCUUGUCCAAUUUAGCUUUUAGUAUUUGGCAUCCCCGAUAUACAAAAAGUGAUUGCUGCUCUUAACAUGUGAAUAAGGACAUUAGCCUUGUCAUAUUGCAGUUGCACCUUACACAACAGCAGCAAAGCUUGAGAAUAGACAUUCUCAAAUCAUAUGUUAGUCAAAAACUUAAUCAUGGCUUCUUGGCUGGAGAGUUGCUGGCUGGCUGCGUGACGUCUCACUGAGCCAGCUUAGAGGGUGAGGUCAGGUCUCUCAGUUUCUUUAAGCUCCGGAACCCAGUCUCACCUUCAAAGUCCCAGAGCCUAUUUUCCAUGCUAGGAGGGAAGAAGGUUCCAGAGGAAAGUGUUUCGGGUGGGCCACAGAAAGGAGAUGACCCUCCGCUGGUUGUCCACCCAACUUUGGAGACACCGUGUGAUGGGUCUCCUGAUGGCUUUCUGUGUCACCUUGUUACUCAUGCUCCUGGCUACUCAGUCAUUGCAGCAUCCAAGCCACUAUGGUGGGCACAAGGGCCAUAAUGUGGAGGAGAAGGGAGCACUUUCCGACAAUGCUCCUCCAAACACCCCCGUCCCAUCCCACACUGCCCCUAACAGGAGGAAGGAGGUUCAGACACCCAAUCUGCAGCAUCAAAGAGAUCCCAAUGGGUACACCUUUAUGAGGACAAGGAGGAGCCCUCCACCUGUAGCUUUCCUCAAAACACACAAGACUGGAAGCAGCACUGUCCAGAAUCUGAUGUUCCGUCUUGGGGAGAAGGAGAACCUCACUUUCGCCUUCCCCUAUUACGCAUACCAGUUCAGCUACCCAGAUAGGUUCCGAGCAGACUUUGUAGAUGAGCUGCCACCGGGUUCCUCUCAGUUCGACAUGCUCUGCAGCCACAUGCGGCUGGACCUGGGACAGCUGAAACAGGUGAUGCCCAAGAACACUAUCUACAUCACCCUGCUGCGUGAUCCUCUACAUACCUUUGAGUCCGUUUUCAGCUACUACACUUCCACUGUACCUGCCUUCACUCUAGCCAAAAAGGCAGCUGACACAGCUAACAGGAAGUCAGCCCUCUCAGUCUUCCUGGAGGCCCCAGAGUCCUACUGGGACCCUACAGAACCUGGGAAUGGCCUAGCCAGGAACCCUAUGAGCUUUGACCUGGGCCUCAGCAGCCAAGAGUGGAACGCAUCCUGGCCCAUGGAGCUGACUCAGCUGGAGGAGGCCUUCCAGCUGGUAAUGAUUGCUGAGCACUUUGAUGAGUCUCUGGUUCUCCUGGGGGCUCUGCUGCAGCUGGAGCCUGAGGAGCUGGCCUAUGUGCACCUGAAUGUCCGCGCCCCUUCGGACAUCACCCCGAUAGAGGACGACACCAAGGCCAGGCUCUGGGCCUGGAACAGUCUGGAUGUGCUGCUCUACAACUUAUUUCUGCAGGUGUUCUGGGAGAAAGCUGAGCAGUAUGGCCUGGGGAGACUGAAAAGGGAGGUGAACCUACUGAGGGCCUCCACACAGAGACUCAGACAGAAGUGUGUGGCCAGAGGAGGAGUGCCCCCUGGUGAGCUGGAGGACCUGGUCAGGCCCUGGCAGACCGACACAGUCACCAUCCUGGGAUACAAGGUACGAGGGAACCUGACUCUGCAGGAAGAGGGGCUCUGUGUGCGACUAGUGCUGCCUGAGCUACAGUACCACUCUCACCUGUAUUUCCAGCAGUAUGGCCAUGACAUGAGGUCCAUACCUACAGACUAAUGUGCAGCACUUUCCCUUUUAGAUACUACACUGCUCAGAAUUUCUGCUUUUGAUGCAUUCUUCCAAUAAACCAGAAAUACUAACAUUGUUAGGUCUCUUUCCAAAUGUAUUUUUAAAUGUGGAUCUUGUUAAAAUACUAUAACGACCUUAAUUCAACUCCUAGAGACCUAACCAAGAGAUGAAGCUAAAAGAGGCAUAGUUCAGCCAUAAUCUGAGAGGAAGUGGCAUAGCUCUCUACUAGAAGCUUGAGGACAUUAUUUUAGCUACAAUCAUUACAUUUUUCAGUAAAAUGUUCAGAUUUUUUGGGGAGGGGAGAAAACUGAAGAGGCGUAUCAAACAAAUGUAUUUAUCAAGCCCUUUUUACAUCAGCAGGUCACAAAGUGCUAUACAGAAACCCUGCCUAAAACACCAAAUAACAAACAAUGUAGAAGCACUGCAGGGUAUCUGUUAAACAUGUAAUAAGUGGCUAAAUAAGUGGCUUAGUGUUACACUGCUAGACCGAGAUACAAUCUUGGUCUAAGACCUGGGCUAGUGUCGUGGAUAUAGAAUAAUGUAUAAGGUUUGCAAACAACACAGACAGCCAAAAUAGAAAGAGAGCACCUUCCAUUAACCCUGCCUAAAACCCCAAAUAACAAACAUUGUAGAAGCACUGCAGGGUAUCCGUUAAACAUGUAAUUCAAAUUUGUAUGGCCUAAACUAAAAUCAGUCUGAUGAAGUUGACUGAGUUACUGAACUUUUAUUGAGUGCAUUGUGCCACUCAUUUUCCAUGUAAAAAAUAUUCAUUCCGAAAACAGGGCAAAUGCAACCCCAUAUUGCUCAGAAUGUGCCUCUUCAUUGAAAUUAUUAUUUUAUACUCUCCCCACUCAACCACAUAAAACCAACACAUCUCUAAGAAGACAAAUUGAUUCCUUCACCGGUUCCAUGUGCACGUCACAAGGUCUAAGGAAUCCAAUUUCCUAAUCCAUUCACAGAGCAGACAUCCUGUCACAUGAUGUCAAACAGCAGCUCAGAGCCCAGAUUGUCCAGCAUUAGACUCAAUACAAAGUAGUUCAACAAAAGGUUGUAGUGGAGAGGACUAUGGGAUGAGCAGCCUAUCUACACAAUGAUGAAAUAGGGUCAGUUAGUGUCUUUCAGCCAGGCAUAGAGUCACCCAUGACUUCAUGUAGAAUAAUAAACAAUGAAGUUGAAGGCAGGUUAUUUAACGUAAGAACCUCAAAACCAUACUGAUAUCAAAACCUUACAAUUAAAAACAAUUAUACAAAAACCUUCAUUUAAAAAAUAUUGUUACAUUCAUAAAAACACAUCCCCUUAAAUCAAAUAAUUAGCCCAAACUAAUAAAUACACAAGAAUAGUGUCAUUAAGGCCUGUUCUAUUCAGCAACACCUCACCCAGCCUGGAGGUUGGGGAUAAAGGCGAAUGCUGGAGCAUGUGCCCUGUCAGUAGCUGCUACUGAUAAAGCUCUGUUCAGUAACUGUGUGUAUGAGUUGGUAUGUGAAUUAUGUUCCCUGACAUUGUCAGUCUGUUCACAGCAUCCUUAGCAGAGUUGCCAACAACCGGAUGUUCCGGUUUUCAGGGAUACAGCUAAUUCAACCUAGCUUAGAACUUUUAUACCUGCUACGUUAAUUCACAAUAACACAAACUCAUCCAUGCUGUUGCUGUUAUUGGUCCUUCGCAGCCUCGCCUUGUCCUUGGUCAGGAUGUGGGUGAUAGAGUUUGGGGGUGCAUCACUCUCAUCCUCCUGUCCCUGACCCUCUGCAAUGGUGAAGAUGGGGUACUUUUCUGUUGAUGAUGAGAGAGCCUGGGGAAGAGAGAUGAAUGAGAGAACCAUCUCUAGAAGAGCUCUUAUUUUUCCCCUCAUCUCAAAUAUAUAUUUUUUUAUAUAUUUUAUUUUUGCAUUUUCCAAUUAAGAACAUUCAAAACAAAAGUGAAAAGAUAUUAGACAACGAUAGGACAAAGUGACAGACGAGCGUAACAAAAAUAAAUUAUAAUUAUAUAAACAAACAUACAAUAAGAAAAACAAAAAUAACGAGACAUUGGAUCCCCUGCCAUAGGCUACAUAUUAUACAUUACGUGUGAAACAUUAUGUGAGGAUUAUAUAUAGAUUCAAUCAAUGAGAUGUGGGGGGGAGAUUCUCCAUAUAGUCAAUAAAAGGUUGCCAAAUUCUGUAAAAUGUCUUUAACUUAUUCCUCAAGCAGUAAGUGAUUUUCUCCAAAGGGAUACAACUAUUAACUUCCGAUAGCCACAUUGCAACUGGCAGGGAGGAAUCCAAUUUCCAUUUCAAGGCAAUACAUUUCUUGGCAAUCGCUAGCAAUAUUUAUGUUAGCUUUAUAGUAUGGCUUUGCCUAAGAUUGGUGUUAGUAAAGUUACCCAGUAGACAGACCUCCGGGUCUAAAGGGAAUGCAACCCCGUGAAUUGAGGAUAUGGUAUCGCAUACCCCCUGCCAGAAACCGUGUAGUUUUGAACACUGCCAAGUGGAAUGGAGGAAUGUUCCUUCAUCUGAGCCACAUCUAAAACAUAGGGAGGAGAUAUCUGGGUUGAACUUGUGCAGUCUAGAUGGGGUGAUAUAGAGCUGAUGGAGGAAAUUAAACUGGAUCAGUCUGUAUCUGGAGUUCAAUGUGGAUGUAACACCAUCCCUGCAUAGGUCAUUCCAUAGAUCAAUACCCAGAUCUUUCUCCCAUCUAAGUCGGGGUUUAUCUAGCCCAGGCAGUGUUAGUCCUGACAUAAGAGCAUUGUAAACACGGGAAAUGGUCUUGAACAGUGGUUGGUCUGCGUGGCAGAGUUGUUCAAUAGGUGACAUCUUAGGUAGGUUCCAUUGUCCCUUGAGAGUCACCCUAAUAAAGUUUCGUAGUUGUAGGUAGCUAAAGAAGUCCCUGUUAGGCAAGUGGUAUUUCUGUUUCAGCUGAUCAAAAGACAUAAGAACUCCCUCCUCGUAACAAUGUUCCAGAAGAGUGAUCCCCUUAUCAGACCAUGGUCUAAAGUUACCCCUCAUCUCAAUUUAACCAAUGACUGUAUUACAGACAUACUGUAAAAGCAAUAAUGUACUUGGCUCCUUGCAACUAAAACAUGUUCUGCACCAGUUAUAUAGCAUACUCUUCAUAUAUGCAUAUUUGAUCUCAAGAGUAAACAACAGCAUCUUGUCCAUGGUUCAAAUUCAUAGCCAGACAUGGACACCACAAGUAAAAUCAAGUUGGUCACAUGCACAGGAUACCAGCUGUAAACGGUACAGUGAAAUGCAUACUUGCAAGCUUUCCUCAACAGUGCAAUACUCAUUUAUAAAAAGAAUACACAAUAAGUAAUAAAGUAGUAACAAAAUAA